AUGGACACCUCGUCAGAACCUGCGCACGCAGUGCUAUUGCCGGCCCCCAAAGAUCCCGUCGCCGUUGAGCAGGAAGACAAGGCCAAUGGUGUCGAGCGGCAACUUCGGCUCAAGGUGGAUCUCCGCCUCUGCACUAUCGCCGGCAUCCUUUGCAGCCUCAAUCUCCUCGAUAGUGGUGUCAUUUCUAGCGCUUCCGUCACGUCCAUGUUAAGCGACCUGGACCUCGACAAGGGCAACCGAUACUCUGUCUCCAUCUUUAUUUUCACCAUCGCGAGCAUCGCUUUUCAGCUUCCAUCCACCAUCGCAGUGCGCACUGUCGGACCUCGGAGAUGGCUCAGCUUCAUCACCCUCUGCUUCGGUGUCAUCACGCUGUGCACCGGCUUCAUCCACACAUGGAAGCAAAUGAUCGCGUUGCGUGUCCUGCUCGGGGCCGCCAUGUCCGGCAUCUAUCCCGCCCUUACUUAUCUCAUCAGCACGUAUUUUACUCGCAAAGAGCAACAGCUCCGUUUUGCGUUCCUUCAAAGUGGAGAAGUCAUUGUACUUGCUACAGGCGGCAUCGUCAACUUCGGACUGGGUCAGCUGCACGGAAAAGGCGGGCUUGAAGGAUGGCGCUGGAUGUUCAUUGUCCAAGGCCUAAUUUCCACUGCACUGGGCAUUGCAGCGUACUGGUGGAUGGUUGAUUUCCCGGAAGAUGCUUAUCGCAGCUUCCACUUCUUCACAGAGGAAGAGAGCGAAGUCGCUGCUCGUCGGAUCCAGAAAGACCGCGGAGACGUCCAUGCUGAGCCCUUCUCCGUUAGCAAGGUGCUGGUCCACGCCCAUGACCCCAAAGUUUACGGCUUCUGCUGCAUGUACUUCCUUCUCAACCUAGUCUCGACAUCGCUAUCGUAUUUCUUGCCCGUCAUCCUACAAGAUGGCAUGGGCUUCUCCUCGAACCAGGCCAUCUUGCUAUCAGCGCCGCCAUACUAUUAUGCCGUUGUUCCAGCGCUACUGUCGUCGUGGUUCGGAGACACGUUCCGCCUCAGAGAUCCAGUUAUUAUAUUUAAUUCCCUUUGCCUUAUUAUCGGUUUUGUGAUGCUCGGUUUCAGCAACCAAGUGACCGUACGUUACGUGGGAACUUACAUCGCCACAGGGGCGUACGUAGCAAAUUGGGCCGCUCUGGCCGCGUACCAGGCUAACAAUAUCGUCGGGCAGUGGAAGCGAGUCUUCACCGCAGCUGUCGUGGCAGCUUUCAACGGCGCGGGCGGGAUUGCAGGAAGCUUCAUUGUACGUAACGACGAGGCGCCCCGGUAUAUGACAGCGAUUUGGACUCUCGAUACCGCAACCCGCCCGCGCAUCCGCCGAACACCCUCCCGCACCCCUGGUCGCACCCGCCUAGCCGCCAUGGUCUUCUUGGGUAUAUACAAGGCCCUCUACGACUACACCCCGCAGGGCGCCAACGAGCUUGAGAUCAAGGACGGCGACCUGCUCUUCGUCCUCGAGAAGAGCACCGAGGAUGAUUGGUGGAAGGCCAGGAAGAAGGCGGACAACGACAGCGAGGAUGAGCCCGAGGGUUUAAUACCGAACAACUACGUCGAGGAGGCAUCGCCCAUCGCGCAAGCGAAGGCACUUUACGACUACACGCGCCAGACCGACGAGGAGCUCUCCUUCACCGAAGAUGCAAUUAUCGACGUAUACGACACCUCUGACCCGGACUGGACGCUUGUCGGGCUUAAGGGGGACUUCGGCUUCGCUCCUGCCAAUUAUAUCGAGCUUACCGGUGAGGUAGAGGCUGCGGCUGAGGAACCUCCGCCGCCACCACCGAUGCCUAUGCGUCCCCAAAUCCCCGAGCCUGAGCCUGAACCGGAGCCGGAGCUGGAGGAAGAAGAGCCUCCUGCUCCAGCACCGCCUUCGGCCAACGAGAGUGCCGCGGCUGCUCUCGCUGCCGCUCUUCAGCAGAAGUCCGCGUCCGCCGCCCCGCCGCAGCCGCAGCGUACCGUCGUCUCGCCUCCUCCGGCCGUCUCCAUGCCACCUCGUCAGCCACAGUACACUCCCGAAGAGUCUGACGAGGACAUGCCUGCUCCGAGCUUGCCGCGGAGACCGAUAUCGCAAGUUUCGUUCAGCGACAUUGCUCCGGCUGCCUCGUCGCCUCCUGCUCAUCGAGUCUCGUUCGCGUCCGCACCAAGCGAGUCGGAACCGAAACCACAGGUGCAUCAUGGAUACCAUCUUUACAAUAUUCACGAGAUGAUUUCGCACAUGGGCAAGAGCAAGAAGAUGCCUAUGACUUUGGGUAUCAACAUUCCCAAGGGCAUGAUUAUGAUCGCUCCGGAGAGGUCAAAGGACGGCCCACAGCGGGAGUGGACAGCGGAUAAGCUGACGCAUUAUUCGAUCGAGGGAAAGCACGUUUUCAUGGAUCUGGUUAGACCAAGCAAGAACAUUGACUUCCAUGCCGGCGCAAAGGACACUGCUCAACAAAUCGUGGCUGCACUGGGAGAACUUGCCGGGGCAGCCAGAGGAGAGGGCCUGCGUGAGGUGUUUGCCGCGGCUUCUGGCAAUUCUCACGUGCAGAAGAAGGGCAAGAUACUUUAUGAGUUUAUGGCGCAAGGCGACGACGAGGUUACUGUCGCCGUGGACGAUGAAGUUCUUAUUUUGGAUGAUACGAGGAGCGAAGAGUGGUGGAUGGUGCGCCGAAUUAAGAACGGAAGGGAAGGCGUUGUCCCCAGCAGCUACGUCGAGGUCACCGACAUCAUCACGAAGGCAUCGUCAUCAUCUUCGGAUUUAUCCCGAGCCCGCUCGACGGUUGAACAGAACAGGUUGGAGGAACAGCGAUUAGCGCGCGAGGCGCUGAAGAAGGACAAGGAAAAGGAAAAAGCAGCGGCAGAGGUAGGCCCUGGCUUAGCAUUACCUGCUCGAACCACCAGUUUGAGGUACGGAGAUAAGCCCGAUCCGGUGAAAACUCGCACGUGGACCGACCGAUCUGGUUCUUUUAAGGUUGAGGCGGAAUUUAUUGGUUUGAGAGACGGUAAGAUCCACUUGCAUAAGUUGAACGGCGUCAAAAUUGCUGUUCCUGUUCCAAAGAUGUCGAUCGAGGAUCUCGAGUACGUCGAGAAAGUUACCGGGGUUUCGCUGGACGAGGACAAGCCGUUGUCCGAUAUCAAGAAGAGGAACUCCCAAAGGAGCUCCCAGCGCCAGGCCCCGCGCGCUGGAAUCACGGUCGAGACGUACGAUUGGUUUGACUUCUUCCUUCAAUGUGGCGUCAACCCUCAGGUUUGUGAGAGGUAUGCUUCAUCUUUCACUCGGGACAACAUGGGUGAGGAGAACCUUCCGGAUAUCUCUGAAAAGGUGCUUCGCACUUUGGGCCUCAAGGAGGGUGAUAUCUUGCGUGUCAUGAAGUUUUUGGACAACAAGUACGGCCGUGCCGGAACCCCGGAGCCCGAGAGUGGAUUGUUCUCUGGCCCCGGCGGAACCCUCAAGAAUAACACCCGCAAAGGUCGUCCUGCUCCGGCAGUGCAGACUAACGACGUCGUGGACCCUGAAGCACUCAAGCAAAAGACCGACGAAGUCAAGAAGGACAGUACUGGUUCGCCGCAAGAUGCAUCGAAGUCAGCCAAUGGCUUUGACGAUAACGCUUGGGAAGUCAAGCCAUCAAAGCAGCCCGAACCGACAGCAACGACGGCUGCGAGCGAACCUUCAAAGGAGGCGGCUGCCGCGCCCCCGACUGGUGCAAUGGCGGAGCUUUCAAUGCUUUCGCCUCCUUUACAGCCUACUCCUGCACCCCAGCCCGCACCAGCUGCAGCCCCCGCACCCGCCCCCGCUCAGCAACCACAACCUACCGGAGCAUCUCCCGGUCUCUUUGACCAGCUUGCCAACCAGCCACCCGGACAGGCGCCCCCGAGGGCAAGGCCGCAGGCGCCGAUGCCGACCGGCCAAGCGCCGAACUCGCUCAUUGCACCUCCUCCUCAGCGUUCUUCGUCUGCGCCACAGAACGCUUCUCAGUUUGCUCCUCCUGCAGUGCCACUGCACCCUCAAAUGACUGGAUUUGUCGCGCCCCCUGGUCACAGCAUGAACGACAUCAACCAGCAGCGCAUGAUGCAGCAGUAUGGUCAGCAGCCUAUGCAGGCUCAGCCAACCGGCUUCAUGCCUCAACCUACAGGCUUCAACCAGUUCGGUCAGCAGCCCAUGAUGUCCCAGCCAACCGGCAUGCAGUUCCCUCAGCCGACCGGCUUUAUGCCUCAGCCCACAGGAUUCAACCCGCAACUGCAAAACCAGUUCAUGAUGGGCAACCAGGCAGGCAGCCCCUUCGCGGACCCGACGCCGCGCCCGCAGUCGAUGAUGCCGCCCAUGAUGCCGCAGGCGACAGGGAUGCAGCAACGGCCACAGUCGGCGUUCGGCACACAGCCAUUCCAGCCGCAGCCGCUGCAGCCGCAGGCCACGGGCGUCAACGCCUUCCUGCCGCCGGCGCUGCAGCCGCAGAAGACAAGCUUCAGCAUGCAGCCCCAGCAGACGGGAUUCCAGCCCCCACCGAUCCCGCCGAUCCCGCAGCAGCAGACAGCGGCGCCCCUGCAAGCCCAAAAGACGGGCCCCGCACCGAACAUCAAGUUUGGCGUCAACAAUGCGUCGAAGCUUACGGCGCAGCCGACGGGAAAGAGGGCGAACCUCAGCCAGGCUACUCCGCAGAACCCGUUCGGCUUCUAG